CUUCACAUCUACAUCAAAUGUAUUGUGCUUUGUUCUGGUGUACGUGUAUAUUUUGUGCAGCUGAUAAUGGCCAGUACGCAGCAGCUCUAAGUGAACUGAUCAAGGAAGGUAUCCAGUUGAUACCGUACGGGCGCCUGAUAAUGUGCGGGCCAGGCCGCACAGGCAAGAGCAGCUUUCUGCGAUCCCUCCUGCGUCAAGCGUUCAUGUCUCAAGUCGACAGCACAAUCGGUGUGGAGCUGGAGAAGGUGAUCUGCACCAUCGAGAAACAAGGGUUAAAGUAUGUCUGGAAGCAAGCUGAAGAUUCUUACCAGCAGCAGUUGGCCCUGACGCACAGAGCUGUUGGUCAAGAGAAACGGAAGAAAGAGAUCGUAGCAGCAUUGAGACAACAAGGCGUUGCUAUCCCCGAGAACACCAGGUCCACAUCCUCAACGCCAUCAACGCCCGUAGCAUCACCUUCCGUUGGGAUUGAGACUGAGCAAGCAGGUACAGCCAGUGUGAGUGAAACUACUCUCAGGCAAGCUGAUGAAACCACCAAUACCGGGUACUCUGCUCAAUCACCCACCAGUCCUACCAUGGAAUCUCAGAAUGUUUCCACUGCAUCCAAGCCGGAAGAGGUAUCAGACAUGGCUGCGCUGAAGGAAGAGACACCAGAGCAAGAUGUCCAGCAACUACAGGCAGAAAUCAACUCAGCAACAUUGAAGUUCGAAAGUUUCAUUAAUGAUCUGCGGACAGGCAAAAGCGAAGUUUUCACUGCAGAACACCUCAAAAAUCUGACAUUUAUGGAUGUCUGGGACUUUGCAGGUCAGAAGAUGUUUGCUGCUAUCCAGCACAUGGUGCUGGCCUGCACCAGAUGUGCAUAUGCUGUCGUCUUUGAUGCAUCAAAGAAGCUCCAGGCCAGAGCGAAGCCGACAUUUGGUGUAGAUGGUGAGGAACUGCCGCUUUCCAACCACCUGGAGCAGACCAACUUUGAUGUGAUGGAGACAUGGUUCAACGCUAUCCACGAGGUCAUUGGAGACAGCGACAACGUACCCGUGUUUGCCAUUGGCACACAUGUGGACAAGUUACCUAAGAAUCCAGAAGCAAGGAAGAAGGCCACUGAAGAGAUAAAAAAGUACAUCUGGGCCAAUGCAGAGGGAAAAGCAUACGCCAACAACAUCGACAAGGUGGUAUUUGUGGACAACACACGAGCUGGUAAAGAUCCAGAGGACCCAGCAAUUGUUCAGCUACGGCAAGACAUCAUCCAGCAGCUGCAGCAUCAGUUCAACGUUCCCAUACCAAUCCGCUGGCUUCCUGUGACCAUCUCCAUUGGGCACAUUGCAAAAUCGUUUGAACGACCAUGGUUAUCGGUUGAGGAGCUACGUCGCUUGGCCAUUGCUGUUGGUAGCAUCUCCAGUGAUGAUCCUGAGUCAGAUUUCCAGGAGAUGGUGAAGUUCCACCAUGGUCUUGGCCAUUUGCUUCACUUUGUUCACAAUGCCCGCCUUCGUGAUCGUGUAAUCAUCGACAUCCACUGGGUUCUGAAGACCAUGUCAUUGCUCUUCUGUCCUGAACCAAAGGAUAUGCAGAGCAAGCGUCUACGUCCACAGUACGACUUGCUGACUCAGAAUGGUAUCCUCCUUGAAAGUCUUGCCCUGCACCGCUGGUCACAGCACAAUCGUAUGACAUCGCGCUACACGGCCACAGAAGAACAGCGUGAUUUCCUGUUUGAGAUGGGUGAGCACUUUGCCCUGUUCUACAACACCAAGACAACUGUGAAGGUGCCUGGUCAGAGGAAAGAGGUGACAACUCGCAAGUUCUUUGUACCAGCUCUCGUGGAGCGAGUUGCACGUGUUCAAGACGAAGUGAGCAAAGGCAAGCCAAGUUCAGCUAUGUACCUGUAUAGUGGUGCAGAUCGUUACUUUCCACAAACCCUAUUCUGGUGUGGUGUUGUGAGGUGUAUGCAACGCUACAGUCCAAAGGUGGAUCCAAUCCUCUAUCACACAUCGGCACGUAUUCUGGUGAAGGAUCGCUUCUGGCUGGUCAUGCAGUAUUUCCAGCAUGGCAUUCGCCUGUCACUGGAGAUUCCUGUUGAUGCUCGACCAACUGCUAAGUCUUCGAUCACCAGUGCAACUCCUGUUCCUGCUGCUGCCGGUGUGAGAAAGUCAGUUGAGUCCGCUGGCAUUGGAGCUGCUGCAAGUGAGGAUGAGGCUGAAGCUAUCAUGCUUUGUCAUGAGCUUCUACCGUACCUGGAGUCGGAGCUCGACAAGCUGAAGGCAUUCUCCCUGACUCAUGUUAAGUUUGGCAGAGCUGUUCGCUGUCCAUGCUCGUUCAGCCGAGAUGCGUGUCGCAAACACAAGCAGAAGUCUUGUGAGGAGAUUGGCUGUCAACACUUUGCUCCGCUGGUGGAGGGAUUGCGACCACGCUGUACCAUUGGAGCACGUCCGUCAGUGGAUAUCAGUGAUGUGCGGCACUACUGGCCAUGCUUCUCUGGAGACACACAUACGGUGGCGAGUAUGGAUGAGAAGGAUUGUUCGUCCGACCCAGUGACGGUCGUUAGAGAUGCUGCUGCAUGUUCGGGAGGUCAGCUACCUCCAGGCAAGUCUGAAUCUGAGAGAGCAGCAUGCUAUCACCUAGCUUUGCACAAACACUGUGCCGCUGUCAAGAUCUGUUCUGAGAUUGAUGUGAGCGACUGCAUGGAAAGCUUGCGUGCUGAGGGCCAUGUGAGCACUGAGUGUGUCAAGGAGAGUCGAGCUAUUGUCAAGUCAAGUGGAAGCAAGAAAGCCAUCAGUCACCUGUGCACUGUCUUGGAGGAUCUAUCGGACACUGCCAUGUGCUACGUUGUGGAGGAUAUCCUGCCGUCGCAAGGUCUGUCACAGCUCGUGGAGACAUUCCGUGUGUGUCCUGGUCCUGGAAAGUGUUCACUACAUCGCAAUGACCUGCAUCCUGUAUCAGUGUGUUCCAGUGACAAGACACUGUCCAUGCAGACUAUUGUUGAUGCCUCCCAGACUGGUAAUGUCAAGAGUAGUCAACUUGAGACUGGGAUGUCUGAGCUUCACCAGGAAGUACUGCGUUCAAGCUAUGUGGAGUUGAAGUGCAGUUUGGACGUAGAAGAGGGCAUUCUAGACCGUCUCUAUGCAGAGAGCAUCAUCACCCAGCGCUUCUGCAAGAAACUCCGUGCUAUGGAUGAUCGUGAAGACCAGGCGUCAGUCUUCUUGGAAGCACUGCCGGGCUGUGGCAAGCAGGCGUUCCGUCAGUUUGUAUCCGCUCUGAAAGAGAGUGAGAAGCUGGCCCACCAGGAGCUUGCUGAUCUCCUCCAGUUGAAGCUACUGGAGAUAUCCUCUGGUCUGUGAAGGUUACUCUGCUGGUGGACCUGCCAUGAGCUGCUAUGUACCCACAAUGAGCUGUAUCAGUGAAUGGUGUGUGUAGACUCUACUGAACGAUCGUAAUGUUUCUGAUCAAGUGUGUUCAGGUAUUCCAAGACGUUUUCCAGUUGUGUUUCUUUUACUCUGUCUUGAGAUUUUGUCUGGCAUUCUAACUGGUGUAGAUAUGAUUGAAUUACGCUUUCCUUCAUGCUGUAUUAUCGCUAGAAUUAAUUGCUCAGUGAAAUGGUUGACAAUGCAAGUUAGAGUGUAAUGAAAUCCACACUCUACUGCACUGCUAGUUUGUAUUUGCUAUCUAUAAUGUGUAUGCUUUGCUUUGUUGCACGGAAACGUGAUCCCUGUUGGGCUACGUUUUGAGCUGCUCAGCUGCGCUAAAGAGCCUAACUGUUGGUGCCUUAAUUUAUUAUGAUUCUACGAGUUUAUUGAUUUUACAACCUUUUGUGCGGUUUCUCUGCGUAUCGUUCAAAUUUACAAGAGUACUGUCUGUUUCAUGAUUUUCAAUACUAUUGGAUAUCCUUGAUUCACCUUUCCUUUUAGCAGAGCUCAUAGUUUUUUUUCUCUCUUGACAUUAGCCUAUGUUCUUUCUGCGCUUGUAGUCUGAAUAGUCGGAAAAAAACGUACUCAGCGGCACAUUCACGUCUGAAGGUUGCAUUGCCUGAGAUUAUGGAGAGUUACUCGGAUUGCAAGAAGUUUGUACUGACGUAUA